AUGAGCGAGAGAGAGUAUCACCGGAAGGUGCGGGCAUACCGCAAGUACCGGAUCGGGUUGCUGCCGGCGUGCUUGCUCGGCGACAACACUGUUGAUGUGGACUGGCCCGCGACGAAAGACGCCUUCCGCAGAGGCGACGUGCGGCAGGUGCGCCGACAGCUCAGGGUGAAAUUCAUCAAGUACAGCCACGGACACCACCCCGUGCUGCCCGUGUGGAUCGAGCUGAAGCACAUCAAGCAGCUGGAGAAGAUAUGGUGGAACACGGAUUACGGUCACAUCACAAUGUUCGAGCUGCGGAGAGAGCUGGAGUAUAUCUCGAUGGCCUGGGCUGUGGAGAGCUACCUUGUUGAAGAGGAACACUACAAGCGGAAGUGGAAGAGGUUCUAUGGCUACGUGGAUCCUCUUGAAUCGAUGGCGGAGCUGAAGGAGCUCCUGGGCGGUGAGGAGGAGGCGAAGGUGUUCAGAUUCAGGCACAACAUGUUUCUCUUCGAGCUGGCGCGCUGCCUCUACUCCCAGCUCAAGUACCGGGGGUACGUCAAGAAGGCAAUUCGGUGGUACAACCGAGCCCACCGCUACUGGAGCCAAGCCACGGGGAAUGGCGAGUAUUACUUCUUCAUGGCCGACACGUUCUGGGAGACUCCGCGAUUCAAGCGACAAGCGUUCAUCGAGGAGCUUGAGCUACGCGAAGAGCGGCUGCGCCAGGAGGUGGAUGAGUCGUACCAGGAGAUUCGGGAGUGGCAGCAACAGAAGAUGCGUGAGCUGAAAGAGUGGGAGGAAGAAGAUCGGCGCAAGCUGAAGGAGCAGAGGGCCAGGAAGAAGAAGAAGAAGCAGAGCAAGACGCAGCGACAGCAGCAGCAACAGCAACAGCAGAAGGUGGUCAAUGAUGCUGAAGAUGACCGCUGUGCUGAGGGGAGCGCCAAAGCAGCAUCCAGCGCGCACGUCGUCGACGCAGUGGACGCAUGCACCAAGGGCGCCAGCUGCGCUGACACUGCAGAGCCUGAGCUCCUGACCGUGGCCGACUUUGACUUUGCCCUGACCCGUGCGGACGACGUCAUGAUUGAGAUGGAGACCUUUGACGACGAAGACGACAUCAACAACACCGCCACCGCUACCGACGUCGACAGCAGCAAGGACGACGAGCACGGUGCCGAGGAAGCAGUCAAUGGCGGAGAGGACGACGGCACGAAGGAUGGUACCGCUGCCGUGGAGGAGGAGAAGGAGGAGGAGGAGGGUGAUGAAGACGCCACCAUCAUUCCUGACAUCAACGACACCGCUACCGACGUCGACAACAGCAAGGACGACGAGCACGGUGCCGAGGAAGCAGCCAAUGGCGGAGAGGACGACGGCACGAAGGAUGGUACCGCUGCCGUGGAGGAGGAGAAGGAGGAGGAGGAGGGUGAUGAAGAUGCCACCAUCAUCCCUGACAUCAACGACACCGCUACCGACGUCAACAACAGCAAGGAAACAACCGAUGGUGGCAACGAAGAAGGCACAGAGGAGGCCAUCGACCACGACAAGGAGGAUGGCACCAGCGCCGUCGAGCCUGAGAGCUUUGAAGAUGCCAAAGACAGCGACGCCAUCGCCACUACUGACGCUGAGGCUUGUGUUUGA